CUCCCUCCUUUGCUGGAAUGAGGUUCUAAGGACUAGAGGUUAGACUGGACGACCACAGGAUUUGGGUUAGGGAUUUGAAAGUUUGGUCAAAGCUGGUUUAUUUGAAAGAAACACGCUUUUUCUUUUACUGGAAGUGAUGAUAAACUUAAAGCUGUGUGGACUUCAGAGCUAUAAACUGGGCUGAGCUGGUUGUACUGGGACCAUUCAGGCUGCCGGUGGCGUCUCUCAGCAGACAGAAGCUUUCUCUGUGCCUGAUGACCUGAGUCCAGAGGAGCGUCAGGAACUGGAUAGCAUCCGGCGCAGAAAACAAGAGCUGCUGCAGGACAUACAGAGGCUGAAGGAUGAGAUAGCAGAGGUGACCAGCGAGAUUGAAAACCUGGGCCUGACUGAAGAGAGGAAAAACAUGCAAAGGAAUAGACAGAUGGCCAUGGGCCGAAAAAAGUUCAACAUGGAUCCUGCGAAGGGGAUUCGGUUCUUGAUCGACUGUUCGCUGCUGAAAAACACCAGUGAAGACAUUGCCCAGUUUCUGUAUAAGGGGGAGGGGCUUAACAAAACCGCCAUCGGUGACUACCUGGGCGAGAGAGAUGAAUUCAACAUCAAGGUCCUGCACGCCUUCCUGGAGCUGCACGAGUUCACAGACUUAAACCUGGUUCAGGCUCUCAGGCAGUUUCUGUGGAGCUUUAGGCUGCCCGGCGAGGCCCAGAAAAUCGACCGCAUGAUGGAGGCGUUUGCUCGGCGAUACUGUCACUGCAACCCCGGAGUGUUUCAGAGCAUCGAUACCUGUUAUGUGUUGUCGUUCGCCGUGAUCAUGUUGAACACCAGUCUACACAACCCCAACGUGAAGGACAAACCCUCUGUUCAGAAAUUCACAGCGAUGAACAGAGGAAUCAAUGACGGAGGAGACCUACCGGAGGACCUGCUCAGGAACCUGUAUGACAGCAUCAAGAACGAACCUUUUAAGAUCCCAGAGGAUGAUGGGAAUGACCUCACACACACCUUCUUUAACCCCGACAGAGAAGGAUGGCUGCUCAAACUCGGAGGUGGAAGAGUGAAGACCUGGAAGCGGCGCUGGUUUAUUCUCACUGAUAACUGUCUCUACUACUUUGAAUACACCACUGAUAAAGAACCCAGAGGGAUUAUUCCACUGGAAAAUCUAAGCAUCAGAGAAGUCGAGGACUCAAAGAAACCGAACUGCUUCGAGCUGUUCAUCCCCAACCACAAAGAUCAGGUGAUCAAGGCCUGCAAGACUGAGGCAGACGGCCGUGUCGUCGAGGGAAACCACACCUUCUACAGAAUCUCCGCUCCAACUGCGGAGGAGAAGGACGAAUGGAUCAAAAGCAUCAAGGCUGCCAUCAGCAAAGACCCGUUCUACGAGAUGUUGGCUGCUCGGAAGAAGAAGGUCUCCUCCCUGAAGGGGCUGUAGAGCUGCUGAGGAUAAAACAACCGCAGGCCUGUUUCAGGUGGACCUGACAUUCCCGCUGCAGACCUGAACCUGGUGGAGGAUUCACCUCUUAAAGUGGCUCGUCUUUUGUCCCCUUUUCAACAGACACACCUUCAGAACCAGCGCUCCCUUCUUUACAGGUCUGACCUCCUGCCGACACUUUAUUUCCCAUCUGCAGAUAACGUUAUUCAGACAGAGACCGCUCUUUUGUUUGCUGAAACGUCACCUUUUUAGAGUCCUGCUGCUGCAGUACUGUAACGAUGCCGCGGUGCCCUCCGGUUAGCUCUCCCACUCAUCUUGAAACCUGCUGUAAGGACUGUUGACAAGCAUUUGAAUGACCUCUGAGCCUUUUCGCACAAUCAGUGUUUGGUCUGCUUGAGUACAGCAAGUCCCUGCAGCGGCUGAAAAUAGAGAGAGCGCGGGAAAUGUUGUCAGUUCAGGUCUCCAGAGGAGUGAACUACGAAGCGAGGUUAAUGAGUUAGCGAGGUAGUGGGCCUGAAGUUGUUUUGUUGUUGUUCAGAGUUUUGGUUUAAAAUCGACAGUAAAAAGCAGCCCAGUGACAAACUAACAACAUAUAAGGCGGUACACAAAAACCUGCUGAACAAAGCUGUGUGUUUACAGUGACUUCAAUCAAAUUCAAUUCAAUUCAAUUUUAUUUAUAUAGCGCCAAAUCACAACAGUCGCCUCAAGGUGCUCAAAUCAAAGAUGCCAUCGGAUUAAGGUCUGCAGUUUUCCUAGCUGCAAAUCCAAAACAUAAAUCUGAUCUGGAAACCAGCAAGAAGUUAUCACUUCUGUCCUGUGGUGUGGUCCACCAUCACCAGAUUGCUCCUAAAUCAUUGUAAGGAGUUUCUUUCUUUUUUUUUUUUUCUUUUUUUUUGUUAGUAUUAGUAUAUUUUUUAGUAUUUAGUAUUGUCAAUACAGUAACUAUUGACCCUUGGUAAGUAUAUUAAAAUUAAAAGAACAUACAGAAACACAGAACAGCAGAAAUAGAAAAACUUGUGAUUGUUCUUUACCAUCAUGGAAAAAUACAUCCAGCUUCUGCUCAUCAAACUCAGGGCGGGAAACACGUCGCCAUUCUAAUUACACUCACAGUCACACCUACAGACACCUGUUAACUUAACAUGCACACCUGGAGAAAACCCAAGACAUUCAUGCUGCAGGACAGCAGUGCUAACCACUGCACCACCCUCAUAAAAUAAGAAUUCAUAUGAUGAAGUGGCAAAGGAAAUAAACAGUGAGUAAUCCUAUUAAUAGAAAUAAAUAAAGUUAAUCACAGCUGUAGCAGACUGGAGUUUGGGUUAUGCUGAGAUGUGUCUGCUUCAUAGUGCACUCCUCUGGACGGAAAAGUUUGAGAUAAUAUAAAUGACUCCUCGUGAAAGCUGCACAGCAGCAGAAUCUGAGAUUCAGACUUUUCUGAAACUGAUGAAGGUUCAGGACUCAGUCGAGACUGAGCAGCGUUUAGUUUGUUGCCAUACAUCCUCCCGUUUUCUUACUGCUGUUGAUCUUCUGUCCAUGAAAAGGAAGGUAAAACAGAAAUAGUCAAAUAUUUAUUUAUCCACAUUUCUUGUAAUUUAUUGUUUUUGUCUCAAUAAAAGUUUGCAAAGAA